CGCGGGCCGGGCCGCCUCAGCCACUGCCGUCGGGGAAGGUCCCAGAGCGGUCAUGGCCUCGCGAAGUGCCCGCCCCGGCCCAAGCCCUCAGCACCCCGGGCAGUAGCUCCGAGGAGAAUCGGCCUGGACGUCGCGGACGGCUGGGCGGGCAGCAUGGAGGAGGCGCACCUGCUCCCGGCUGCCGACGUGCUGCGCCGCUUCUCGGUGACAGCCGAGGGAGGCUUGAGCCCGGAGCAGGUGACCGACGCGCGGAAGCGCUACGGCCCCAACGGCCUCCAUUUCACUUCUGUGAAAGGGGGUGGGGACGGAAGCUCCUCUGCCCCUCUGGUCUCAUCCUAAGAGCUCCCUACUGAGGAAGGGAAGUCCCUGUGGGAGCUGGUGCUGGAGCAGUUUGAGGACCUCUUGGUACGCAUCCUGCUGCUGGCAGCCCUGGUCUCCUUUGUCCUGGCCUGGUUCGAGGAGGGUGAAGAGACCACGACUGCCUUUGUGGAGCCCCUCGUCAUCAUGCUGAUCCUGGUGGCCAAUGCCAUCGUGGGAGUGUGGCAGGAACGCAAUGCUGAGAGUGCCAUUGAGGCCUUGAAGGAGUAUGAGCCUGAGAUGGGUAAGGUGAUCCGCUCUGACCGCAAAGGUGUGCAGAGGAUCCGAGCCCGGGACAUUGUCCCUGGGGACAUUGUGGAAGUGGCAGUGGGAGACAAGGUGCCUGCUGACCUCCGCCUCAUUGAGAUCAAGUCAACCACGCUUCGAGUGGACCAGUCCAUCCUGACAGGGGAAUCUGUGUCUGUGACCAAGCACACAGACGCCAUCCCAGACCCCAGAGCCGUGAACCAGGACAAGAAGAACAUGCUGUUUUCUGGCACCAAUAUUGCAUCAGGCAAAGCCCUGGGUGUGGCUGUGGCCAUAGGCCUGCACACAGAGCUGGGCAAGAUUCGGAGCCAGAUGGCAGCUGUGGAGCCUGAGAGGACACCACUGCAGCGCAAGCUGGAUGAGUUUGGGAGGCAGCUGUCCCAUGCCAUCUCGGUGAUCUGUGUGGCUGUAUGGGUCAUCAACAUCGGCCACUUUGCUGACCCAGCCCACGGUGGAUCGUGGCUCCGGGGUGCAGUCUACUACUUCAAGAUUGCCGUGGCCCUGGCUGUGGCUGCUAUCCCCGAGGGCCUCCCAGCAGUCAUCACUACAUGCCUGGCACUGGGCACAAGGCGUAUGGCACGUAAGAAUGCCAUCGUGCGGAGCCUGCCCUCUGUGGAGACCCUGGGCUGCACCUCAGUCAUCUGCUCUGACAAGACAGGGACGCUCACCACCAAUCAGAUGUCUGUCUGCAGGAUGUUUGUGGUAGCUGAAGCAGAGGCAAGCUCCUGUAGUUUGCAUGAAUUCACCAUCUCCGGUACCACAUAUACCCCAGAGGGCGAAGUGCGACAAGGAGAGCAGCCUGUGCGCUGUGGGCAGUUUGAUGGACUUGUGGAGCUAGCGACCAUUUGCGCCCUUUGCAAUGAUUCAGCACUGGACUACAAUGAGGCCAAUUGCGUGUAUGAGAAGGUAGGAGAGGCCACGGAGACAGCCCUGACUUGCCUCGUAGAGAAGAUGAACGUGUUUGACACAGACCUGAAAGCGCUGUCCCGGGUGGAGCGCGCUGGCGCCUGCAACUCGGUCAUCAAGCAACUCAUGCGGAAGGAGUUCACCCUCGAGUUCUCCCGGGACCGGAAGUCCAUGUCUGUGUACUGCACACCUACCCGUCCUGACCCCAAAACCCAAGGCAGCAAGAUGUUUGUGAAGGGAGCUCCCGAGAGUGUCAUUGAGCGCUGUAGCUCAGUCCGAGUGGGGAGCCGAACAGCACCCCUGAAUACCACCUCCAGGGAACACAUUCUGGCCAAGAUCCGGGAUUGGGGCUCAGGCUCUGACACAUUGCGAUGCUUAGCAUUGGCCACCAGAGACACACCCCCAAGGAAGGAGGACAUGCGAUUGGAUGACUGCAGCCAGUUUGUACAGUAUGAGACAGACCUGACCUUCGUGGGCUGUGUGGGCAUGUUAGACCCACCGAGACCAGAGGUGGCUGCCUGUAUCACACGCUGCUCCCGAGCGGGCAUUCGAGUCGUCAUGAUCACAGGAGACAACAAAGGCACAGCUGUGGCCAUCUGCCGUCGACUUGGCAUCUUUGGGGACACAGAAGAUGUGCUGGGCAAGGCCUACACGGGCCGUGAAUUUGAUGACCUCAGCCCAGAGCAGCAGCGCCACGCUUGCCGCACCGCCCGCUGCUUUGCCCGUGUGGAACCAGCACAUAAGUCUCGCAUCGUGGAGAACCUGCAGUCCUUUAAUGAGAUCACUGCCAUGACUGGCGAUGGGGUGAAUGACGCACCAGCCCUGAAGAAGGCAGAGAUUGGCAUCGCCAUGGGCUCAGGCACCGCUGUGGCCAAGUCAGCAGCAGAGAUGGUACUGUCCGAUGACAACUUUGCCUCCAUCGUGGCUGCAGUGGAGGAGGGCCGGGCCAUCUACAACAACAUGAAGCAAUUUAUCCGCUACCUCAUCUCCUCCAAUGUUGGUGAGGUUGUCUGCAUCUUCCUCACAGCAAUUCUGGGCCUGCCUGAAGCCCUGAUCCCUGUGCAACUGCUGUGGGUAAACCUGGUGACAGAUGGCCUCCCUGCCACAGCACUUGGCUUCAACCCACCAGAUCUGGACAUCAUGGAGAAGCUGCCUCGGAACCCCCGUGAGGCUCUCAUCAGUGGCUGGCUUUUCUUCCGGUAUUUGGCUAUUGGAGUGUAUGUAGGCCUGGCUACGGUGGCUGCCGCCACCUGGUGGUUCCUAUAUGACGCCGAGGGACCUCAAGUCACCUUCUAUCAGCUGAGGAACUUCCUGAAGUGCUCUGAAGACAACCCACUCUUUGACGGCAUCGACUGUGAGGUCUUUGAGUCCCGCUUCCCCACAACCAUGGCCUUAUCUGUGCUUGUGACCAUUGAAAUGUGCAAUGCCCUCAACAGCGUCUCAGAGAACCAGUCACUGCUGCGCAUGCCACCCUGGCUGAACCCUUGGCUGCUGGGGGCUGUGGUCAUGUCCAUGGCUCUGCACUUCCUCAUCCUUCUGGUGCCUCCCCUGCCUCUCAUUUUCCAGGUGACCCCACUGAGUGGCCGGCAGUGGGGGGUGGUGCUCCAGAUGUCUUUGCCUGUCAUCCUGCUCGAUGAGGCCCUCAAGUAUCUGUCCAGGAACCACAUGGAUGGUAUUCUCAGGACAAUUGUGCAGGCCUGGAGUAGGCAACCGCCGACCACUUCCAGGACCCCAUACCACACCGGAAAAAAAGGACCUGAAGUAAGUUCUGGGAUCAGAGAGGAGUCUCCAGUAUGGCUGUCGGACUGAGAGUGUCCAAGCAUUCGCCCCCGUUCCCACCCCUGCCACAACACUCAGCCACCUGUCUACUGGACCCUGCUGGACAUAACAGGCCUGAAACAAGAUUGGUCACCUUUAGUCCCAACCCCAGGUCCCUGUCUCCAUUUCCAGCCCUCCCUACAGCUCUGGCCCAGAAGUUGAGCCCAGGAGGGGCGGCUAAGAAGCCAAAGCUGGCCGCAGAGACACCACAUAUUACCCACAGCUCUACAACCUUUCCCCUGCUUGGAGGCUGGGCAUUUGCUCACUGGGUUUGCUUGCUAACUCAUGCCUCUGCCCUGAUGGAGGACUCAUGGGGGCCUUCUUACAGACUCUGACCUCUUGCUUAGUUUGGAUCUGGAGCCUACUCAGCUGUGGGAGAAGGAGUCAGAGGGGACCAUCUGGGCCCAGCUGUGAUCACAAGGAAGGGCACCCCCUUCCACUUGGCUCUGCCUCCACCAAGUCCAAUUCUGAGAGCGGGAGCCUGUGUCUGUUUAUGUAUGUGCUGGACCCAGGGUUGAGGGAUCACAGACAGAUAGGAACACAAGAAUUGGGGCAGGUGGGGUGGAGUCGGGAAUUAGGGGAUGGGGCUUGGACAAUACAGGGGACACAACACAGGACUCCCUUUCCCAGGAGCUCAGCCCUAUUCCCACCUCUCGGCUCACUGCCUCAGCUCAUGACGAUUGAGGGUGACCUCGUCUGUAUAGCAGAGGCCAGUUUUCCUGUCCGUGUCCCUGGUGCCUGAGACUCCAGACAUCCCUGGGUCCGUGCCAGCCUCUUCUGCCACCCAGCCUGGUGUGAGGCAUGCCACUUGCUGCAGGGCUGGGUGACUCCAAGUCUCCUGGGCUCCCGGCAUUACUCUUCGCCCUGCUCUUCCCACCAUACGUCUUUGAGUCAAAGAGAUGUCACUGGGAUGGGUGCUCCGUGAGGGACUGCCUACCCCUGCCCCCCACUGAAAGAAAUCAUCUCACGGGAUCUAUCAGAUGAACUGGUUUUGGUGUUGCUUGGGUCCCCCCCCCCCGUGGUUGUUCCUCUUAACCCUGCUGUCGCUCCUUUGGCAACAAACUAGUCAGGUGUCACAGAAAACAGAGUGCAUGCCUGUCUGCGUGACUUAGUUCUGCCUCAAGUGUGUACAGUGUGAUUAUUUUAUAUGUAAAUCAAGAUUCACAUCACUAUCCUGACCCCCAGUAGCAAAAGCCUCACCCCCUCGGCCUGCCUUGCAGACAGAUGGACUCCAUGUUUGGCAGCUUACUCCUGCAAUCCUCUCUCCCCUCAGGCGGGUUCUGGAGGGGCCUUAGAGAGAAACACGUUAGAGGGAUGGCUUGGCUGUUCUAGCUGCCCUGCACCCACCUGCUGACAUGCUUUCUGGUAGAGAAAUAAAGGUGUGUGUAUGGGGA